AUGUUACGAUGCUCUCUCAAAUAUAUUGAGUAACAAGAAGCAUUCACUAAAUUAGGUCAAGUUAUAAAUCUUAACUUUAAAAAUAAAUGCUUUAUUAAAUUAAGCAUGAAGAUCAAUUACAAGAUAAUCUUAUUGAUUUACUUAAUUAAAUGUACAUAGGGACCACUAGGAAAUUAGAUAACAAGAAGAAGGAAAAAAAGAGGGUCGUAAAUCAAAAAAAAGAAAGUGUACUCUAUUUAGAAGGAGAAGGACAAAAAAGAAAUAGAUGUUAGCUAAGAAAGAAAUGGCUAAAUAAAGGGAUUGUUUAAGAAGGUUUAGGAUGAAUUACAAAAACAUAAGGGGAUAUGGAUAAAAAGACCUUGGCUAAAAAUGUAACAUAUUUAUAAUAAUAUUUAAGAAGGGUUAAAUUCUUUAACAAUAUUUUAUAUCUAUUUUAAAGUACUCAAAUUACCUCGUGUAUUAAAAUAUUAUGAAUCUGCUUGAAAUGGUAUUUUAUAAUAUACCCAUUUGAUAAACAUCUAAUUGAUACAAGAAAUAUAUCAAUACUUAUUAUCGUAAACCAACAAACUUAGAUAGAAAAAGGAUAAAUUGUUGAAAUUUAUUAAUACAAGAUUAAAGACCAUACUGUUUUGUGAUCAAUGUUUGCUGGAUCAGCAUCAUUUUUUUUGGAGAAAUGACUAAGAAAUAAUGUAAAGAUUUGAUGUUUGUUUAUUGGACAUCUGGACCAACAAAAAAUAAAAAUAACUGAAGAUGAAGAGUUUUUGAUUUUGAGAGUAUUGGUCAGUGCAUUCAUGAGGAAAAGACAUUUUUCGUAAGAAGUUACAGGUUCAUUUGUAAAAAUACUUAUUUAACUGGCUAAUAAUCCAGAAAUUAUAAAAUUCGCAUAUGGAUUAUGUUACUGCAUUAAAUUAGUGAUAUAGAAGUAUUAGAAAACAUAAAAGAUGUUGAAAGAGGAUGAUAACGGUUUAGGGAUGAAUUCUUAUAAUGUGAAAUGCGAUGAUCCAAUAUAUGCAAAUGCUUUAAAUUUUUCGAUUUUGAGGAAGUAGAGGAGGCGAAGAAUGUGUAUUGGUUGA